AGCUAGGAAUAGAUUCCUUACCCAGGUCUUCUGACACCCAGCGCUGUAUCUUGGCCUCCAUCCCUCAUUCCCUUAAAAACACACAGGGCGCUUUAAACAAAGCCCUCACUGAAAUUGCCCUGUGGAGAUUUCCUUCUGGGCUGCCUGCAAGGAUUGUUUGGGGAUUUACGUUUUCCAGCCUCCCGCUUGCUUCUGUUGCUGGGCUCAGGCCUGGGAAACGGGAAGAUUAAGGUUUGUGUGCAGCUCUGACAAAAACAGCUGGAACAGCCCCUCCCUCCCCCCGCUCCUUCCCCUUUUGUUCCAAGCAGGCGGGGAAGGGGGAUUCGCUGAGCCCAGCGUUAGAGACGCAUUGACUGAGCCUCUUCAGCAAUAGCCAUCACCUUGCUAGGCAGCCGAGCCAGCCCCCAGGCCGGCAGUGCCUGCUCCCCUCCCCAGGGCCUGCUAGGGGGAGGGGGGAGAGUCCUCUGGACAGUCCCUGGGCUUGCCCGGCAGCAGCAUCCUCCAGCUCUGGCUGCAUCGGUGUCGUCAAUUCCCUCCUGCUCCGGUUUCUCUCCCUCGCCUGCCUGCCUGGAUGCAGCUAGCGUUAGCCUGAGGGAGUGGCAGGCAGUAUUCCAGAGGGCUGCAGCCUCCAGCUGGGGCUGGGGCUGGGGCUGGGGGGGCAAGAGGGGCGUGCAAACCGCCUGGAGGGCUCCUCCGCAGCCCUUCUGCAAGCUGGAUGCUAAGGAAGAAGGUCUAUGACGAUGGAAGAAGGGGUCCGUCAUCUAGAAGCCUGACUGGGUGACAGUAGGAAAACCCUCCAAGAGACGGGCAGCUACUAGCUUGAGAUACAGAGCGAGACAAACAUGCUGAAGCCAAGUGGACUUAAAAUCCCCGGCAGGGCAGGGAAACACUCCAGCCCUGUGGGACGGACUUCGGGGACAGCUGCGGCUGCAGCCACUACUGGCUCAAAGGAAGGCUCACCUUUGCACAAGCAGGGUCCCACCUCCACUGCCAGCACCGAGAAGUCAGGAUCAAAGGUCACUGAGGUGGGCGAUGACUUCCUGGGAGACUUCGUGGUGGGCGAACGGGUCUGGGUGAACGGAGUGAAGCCAGGCGUGAUCCAGUAUCUUGGGGAGACGCAGUUCGCCCCCGGCCAGUGGGCAGGGGUUGUUCUGGAUGACCCGGUGGGUAAGAAUGAUGGCUCCGUUGGGGGUGUACGUUACUUUGAGUGCCAGCCACUGCAGGGGAUUUUUACACGGCCCUCCAAGCUGACCCGCCAGCCCGUGGCGGAGGGCUCGGGCAGUGAUGCCCAUUCUGUGGAGUCCCUGACAACUCAGAACUUGUCGUUGCACUCGGGGACGGCUACACCGCCUCUCUCCACUCGCAUCAUCCCCCUGAGGGAGAGCGUCCUGAACAGCACCAUGAAAACCGGAAACGAAUCUGGAUCUAACCUGUCAGACAGCGGGUCGGUGAAAAAGGGCGAUAAAGACUUACGGCUUGGAGAUCGUGUCCUGGUUGGCGGGACGAAAACGGGAGUUGUGCGCUAUGUGGGAGAGACAGAUUUUGCCAAAGGAGAAUGGUGUGGAGUGGAACUUGAUGAACCUCUAGGGAAGAAUGAUGGGGCAGUCGCUGGUACAAGGUAUUUUCAGUGCCCCCCCAAAUUUGGCCUCUUCGCUCCCAUUCACAAGGUGAUCCGGAUUGGAUUCCCAUCCACCAGCCCUGCUAAAGCAAAGAAGAGCAAACGGAUGGCCAUGGGAGUGUCAGCCUUAACUCACAGCCCCAGUAGCUCGUCCAUCAGCUCUGUCAGCUCCGUGGCCUCCUCCGUCGGCGGCAGACCCAGCCGGAGCGGAUUGCUGACGGAGACCUCCUCUCGCUAUGCCCGGAAGAUCUCCGGCACGACCGCCCUGCAGGAGGCACUGAAGGAAAAGCAGCAGCACAUUGAGCAGCUGCUGGCAGAGCGAGAUUUGGAGAGAGCGGAGGUUGCCAAGGCCACCAGCCACAUCUGUGAGGUGGAGAAGGAAAUUGCCAUCCUGAAGGCCCAACAUGAGCAGUAUGUCACAGAGGCGGAGGCGAAUCUCCAGCGAGUGCGGACCCUGGUAGAUGGGGUGCAGAAGGAAAAGGUGGAGCUGCUGAACCAACUGGAAGAGGAGAAAAGGAAAGUGGAGGACUUGCAGUUCCGAGUGGAGGAAGAAUCCAUUACCAAAGGGGAUCUGGAGUUAACUACGGUAGCAGAGAAGUCUAGAAUCCUUCAGCUGGAGGAAGAGCUGAGUGUCAGGCGUGGUGAAGUGGAGGAGCUGAGACAAUGCCUAAGGAACUCUCACCAGGCAGAGACCCCUGAGCACAAUCUUGGUCUGCAGUCAGAGGCGCUUCUCCUGCGAGAGCAGCUGCUGUCUGCCAGCAAGGAGCACCAAAAAGAGAGCAGCCAGCUAAAGGAGAAGUACGAAAAGACCCUGAAGAAGCACCAACAGGAGAUAGAGAAGCUGAAAGCCGUCAAUGAAAAAUACUCCCAGGAAAUCGUUGACCUGAAACACAAAGUUCAACAAGCCACCAAUGAGAACAUGGGGCUGAUGGACAACUGGAAGUCUAAGCUGGACACCUUGGCUUCUGACCAUCAGAAAUCUCUGGAAGACCUCAAAGCCACCCUGAACACAGGCCCUGACACCCAACACAAGGAGAUAGUAGAACUGAAGGCCGUGGUAGAGAGCAUAAAGAUGGAGCACCAGCUUGAACUGGAGAAUCUUAAAGCUAAGCACGAUAUCGAGACUGCGGUUCACAUAAAGGAGAAAGAAAGUCUGAAGCUGAAGCUGCAGGAGGCCAGCAACGAAGUGGAAGAAAGUAACAACAACUGGAAAGCGCAACUGGAAACUAAAACAAACCAGCACCUUAUAGAACUUCAGGACAUGAAAGACAAGUGCCGAGAUGCCGAACUGAGAGUGCAUGAACUGGAGAAGCUACAAAGUGAAUAUAAAGAUCAGACUCAAGCGAUAGCUUUCUUGAAAGAGCAGAUUUCUCUGGCUGAGAAGAUGAUGUUGGACUAUGAGACACUACAGAAAACAGAAGCCCAGAGUAAACAGGAGAUCCAAAGACUGCAGGAAAAAGUGCUUGUCUUAGAGAACAAACUGCAGUCCAUGGAGGCUCUGCAUCCUUCUCAGCAUGCCAAUAUGAUUGAAACUAAUGAUAUUUCAGAAGAGAAGAUAAAGAUGAAGCAGGCUAUGGAAGAACUGCAAGAUAAGCUGAGUAAAAGAGAUAAAGAGGUGUCAUCCCUCUCCUCCCAGACUGAAACUCUAAGGGCCCAAGUAAGUGCAUUGGAAAAUAAAUGCAAAGCUGGAGAAAAGAAGGGAGAUUCUAUGUUGAAAGAAAAGAAGCAGUUGGAAGCUGAACUGGAGACCUUGUCCAGGAAAACCCAUGAUGCUUCAGGCCAGCUGGUCCUGAUUAGCCAGGAGCUACUCAAAAAGGAAAGGAGCCUGAAUGAGCUGCGAGCUUUGCUACUGGAAGCAAACCGUCACUCGCCUGGGCCAGAGCGGGACCUGAGCCGAGAAGUGCACAAAGCAGAGUGGAGACUGAAAGAGCAGAAACUCAAAGACGACAUCAGAGGCCUGAGAGAAAAGCUGAUAGUGCUGGAUAAAGAGAAAUCGGUAACAGAUCAAAGGCGGUACUCCCUGAUUGACCCUUCAUCAGAGACUGAGGUUCUCCGGCUGCAGCACCGACUGGUCAGCACGGAGGACGUCCUGCGGAAUGCACUGGAGCAGGGUCAGCAAAUGGAGAAACUCAUGGAGGCCAUGAGAAGUUCUUCAGAGAAAACACAGACUAUUGGAAACUCGGGAUCUGCUAAUGGGAUCCAUCAACAGGAUAAAUCCCACAAGCAGGAGGAGAAACAUUGAUCGAGAAGAAGAGGUGGAGAGGACCAUUUCAUGCCAGUAUCUUCUUUUGUGCACCGACAGAAAAGGAAAAGGAUGCACCUCCUAAAGACUAGCAACAGUAUUUUCACUUUAAAAACAGGACUGUUUAUAAUGUACUAAUUGACCUAAGUAGGACAAUCCCCUGGUUCGUAUUUUCCAAGACGAGCAUCAUUCCAGAAGGAGCGGUAUGGCAACCUACCUGUGUAAAGAUCCUUUUGUUUUGCUUUCUUAUCCGUAUCAGUUUUGACAGUGGAAUUUGUAUUGGCCAAGUGGACCAUCUCCAUUCAUCCCACCUGAACAAUGUGGUCUGGCUGAGAGCUGAUGGUGGCUGAAACUUCAUCAGUGUUUCCUAGAACCCUAGAGGAAAUGCAAAAUGGUUUGCUUGGGGCAUUAGAAAAUUCCUAAGUGUGCUCCCAAAGUCUUCACUCUCCCCGCCAGGUAAUCCCUGUCCCUCUCCCCCACCCACCCGCGUAGUAUGAAGAACUACAGAAAUGGGCUGGCUGUGCUCAAGCCAGUCAGCGUGGAUUGUAGAAGACAAGCUGUUGGGACAGUCUUCCCCCUUCCCAGCAUAGAAGACCUCCCAGCUGUAGGCCACGGAGACUACACUUAGUACUGUAUGAUAGCACAGGUGGCACCUCAUCUGAUUUCAGGUGAUAUAAUUUAUUUUGGCUAUUUCUGAGUCAGUGUUUACUCUGAGUUGAUGAAGGGGAGGGAGCUGCUGGCAGGGGUGAGUACAGGUCUCCUUAGCCUCUCUUCCCCGAGAGAUCUCUUAGCAGGACCGGCUGUGCCGGGGCCCAGAGCCAGAGCCCAUGGGUGUGUUGUGGCAUGUAGAGACGUACACAGCAUCUGGCUAGAGCCUUUGUAUGCCUGUUCCUGAGGGUCUGAGUAGAAAACACAAACACAGGAUGUAGUCGCGUCAGACAGACGCCUCUAGGCUCUGAUCCCUCUCCACUGCUAUCCACAGAAUUGUAAUCACUAGCUGGAGGAGAUGGGCUAGCCUAGCAUUAGGCUGCCUUGGGGUUGCCCCUACCAUUCUCAGUUGUCUUUGGCUCUUCAGUACAAUAUCCGACGGGAGAGAGCUAACAUGUUGCUGUGAGCAUUCUUGCAAGAGUGCCUUAUACCUGGGACUAAGGAUGAUAUUGAAACAAAGGCCCCGUCUAGAGCAGGAGGGCUCCAGCUGUAACCAGAGCAGAUUUCUGUUCUUUCCUCUGUUUGCUGGGCAUCUCAGACUCCCCCUACUUCUUGUAAGUGGGAGUUCGGGGUGCAGGUUUGGGCCCCAAAACAACACUGAGGGUCACAUUCUUAAAGCAGGAGCUCCAAGCCAUGUGCACAGAAAUCCAGGCACAACUGAGCACGCAGAUUUGCACAAAAAACUGUUGCCAUUGUGGGUGCAGAAAGCCAGUUGUGCACCUCUGUAUCCAUCUGCAAUAACUGUCCAUGCAGGAGAAGGAACCCCAUUGCCUGUGUGUAUUUGCACAUGGACUCGGUCCCUAUUCCAAGGGCUGUAUUCUAGCCUCAGUCUUUACACUGAACUCCCAUUGGGCUGAAUGGGAUGAUACUUGGGUGGAGCGAGGGUAGAAUAUGGUCCUAAGUGUCUGAGACAAACCCCUUGCUCUGAAAAGAAACAUUCACCUUUCGAUACCUGGGACCAUAGGGAGCAGCAGCAGAUUCUUAGGCUCCAUUCAAACCCCUGAUGGGGAUGGGGCAGCUUCCCAAGGGGGGGCAAUCAGUACCUGGAAUGUGGGGCAGGGCUUGGAUUGACAUAUUGCAGCACCAGUGAAAUGACUAAUGUUUAAAGGGCAAUCCUCUGGUUCUGGGGGAGAAGAGGCCCGUCAUGGAAACAAACGGCUGUUCUUGAUGCUGUUUGAUCCUUCCCCCCCACCCUCCUCCGAGGGAAUUAGGUGCAGAAUCCCUUUUCAAAGGUACACAAAUCAAGUUGUUUCCUAUUUCUCUGGAAAUGCAGCAUUUUGGCCAUAUUUACCGUAAUGCAGCCAAACGACAUAAAGUUGUGACCAGCUCAGUCUCUUUUCUGGCCAUCCCUGUGCCUCUCUGAAAUGCCUAGAUCAAGUCCACCGCUCUGCUCCUCUCUCCAGCUCUCUGCUGCACAUCCUGGGGUAGUUCAUGAGCUGGAGCUCCUGUGGACGUGGACAAGAGCUCCCAGCAUGGCAGGACACGGCCGAGGUGUUGACUUCCUGUGAAGCCAUUGCACAUGAGCUGGGAAUCUGGUCCUUCGUUUUCCGUGUGGUUUUUCUUCAGCUGCUUUUGGCUACUCUGAAAUUCUCCAGCGCGCGGAGUCUGGGCAGCUCGAGGCAAACUGGGGAAGAGCUUUGCCCCACCCGUCCAAGUCUCCUGCACCAGGGAAGCCACUAGACCUCUUGCAGUGAAAUAGAGUUAGGCCCUUUUCACCUGGUGGGGAUGGUGGACACUGGAUCUGUUUCAAUGGCUGAGAUAAUGAGGUGGGUUCAGGAAAGUAAGGCAUGUUGGGAGAAGAAGCCUAAAUUUGGUUAAUGAGUUCAGAGGGUUAACAGGAGUUCAGGUGGGACAGGUCCUGCUGUGUGGAACCAGCACUCGCUACCUGCAUAGAAGAACAAAGCACUAAUCAUUGCCUCAGGCUUGGAUUUUCAAAGUGCCUAAGGGACUUAGGAGCCAAAAACCCAUUGAUAGACAGCACAAGUGUGUAAAAUAUCAUAACCAAGCAAAACUAAUGAACAGCAGGAGGUGCCAUUUUGAUCAUUUGGGGGUGGUAUUUUCAAAAGCAUCUAGCACUGGCUGCCUGGCUCUGCUCCCUCUGAAAUUAAUGGUCAAACGCCCACUGACUUCAAUAGGAGCAGUCAGGGCAAUGCCAUGGGCUUCGGAAAAUGCCUUCCAGGGCUUAGGGAAGGCAGCAGCCACGUGAGUGCCCAGGAGUUCAUGGGAUUUACCAAGUGGGAAGGGGGGGGAGUUCAAUUUUUUUAAUUAAUCUGUAUUUAUUUUCCAUCUAGUUUGCAAGUGACAAGCCCCUGUUAUUUAAAGAGGAUUAAAUAGCAACUUUCUGCAUCGCUUUGCAACCCUCCUGCUUCCCUGGAUUCAAACAGGAGCUGCCCGCUGGGAGGUGUGCACUGGGCCAGUCCUCUGCUGGUCUGAAUGGGGCAAAGCUCUGAAGUGACUGGCACUACCCUGAUUGAAACCAGAGGAGAAUUUGACCUAUCAAGAUAUAUCAGGCCAGUGCACCUGAGCCCAUUCAGUUACAGGGGAGAAGAGAGCCUGCUUUGUAAGCUGGCUUUGACUAUCUUCUCAGGGUCUAAUGCUCUCUAGGAUAUAACUGAGGGCAUAGUCUUAAGGGGAGAGUAGCCUUCCAGAGAAAGGCCUUACCACAGCAAUGGGCUGCACUGAAUCACAUGCCGUCCCACAGGCUCCAAGUUUCCCCUUUUGGAAAGAGAUCUCUGCAUAGAGAGCAACAGCAUGGGGCGAACCUGUUCUCCUUGGACAUGCCACAGCAGCCCCAAGCUCUGCCCCUGUGCACCCAGCCAUAUAGGAUCAGUGCCCCAUUUCCAGCUCGCCCUGCUGGCAGGAGAGUUACAACAGAAACAGAUGCCCCAGCUCAGGAGAGCCCAGCCAGGAGCUGCAUGCCUCAGGAAUGCAGAUCACACAGGGUGCAUUUCCUCCCUGUGCGGCAGGGCCAGCAUGAGCCCUGCAUGCCGGUGAAGUCCCGCAGAAGUGAAACAGGCACCAGAGACUGCGGCGAGGAAUUUUCCUGGUGCCCACAGCUCAUGCUGGCCCUCUGCUCAGGUACCAGCUGCACCCGUAGAUUUUAGGAGACCAAAUUAGAAAGAAACCCAGAAAGUGACAAGUCAGAGGGUCCCCUUCCACCACAUUUAUUUAUAAGCUUCUCGCUACUUUGGCCCAGGUACAGUGGUACAUAAAGUACUCUGCAACAUUCUGUGUAGAUGGCAUCAGUACUUCGGGGGGGGCGGGGGGUGUCAUCAAAGGGAAGUUAUGCAGCCAACUCCCAUUAGCAGUCAGUAGGAGUUGAGUGCCUAGCUCCCAUUUGAAAAUCUAUCCUGGUGAUCUUGUUCAGAGCUUCAAAUCUGAAGUAAGAUAGGGGGCUGCUUUCUCCUCCGUGACCCCACAGUUGUCUCCAUUGCAUGUUCCAUGCUGAUAUCACACCCAGGGCUAUGUGCAGAAUAUGCCUUCAACAACUGCAGCGUGGGUGAGGGGAGAAUUUUCCCUCUACAGUCAAGGGGUCUUGCAUGAGAGCUAGUUGCAUGGAAAAGCAGUGCUGAGCUGUCUGGUCCACCCAUGCGCCCUUCCCAUUCAAAGAGCAAAUAAUGGCCUACACAGUGGUUGAAUCUGUACGAAUUAUGAGUCCACACUGUUGAAAAUUGGGACUUUCUAUCCAUUGUAUUAGUUCAGUGGCUAGAAGAGUUUUUUGUUUUGUUUUCCCACUGAAGGCUGAGAAAUCAUCUGAAGAAUAAAGUCUCCCUGCCAACUGGAGAGGCUCUUGAAGAUCCAGAUUAGCAAUCUUCCCCCCCCCAUCCUAGCUAAAGAGAAAUCUUACAAGCAUUUGAAUGGCAGUACUGGCUUUCUCCUUUUCAGAGUUCAGAAAAGUGAAGCGGACACACAGUCCCAUGCUAAUAUCCAGGGGUCCUAAAUUAAUAGCCAAGACAUACUAGCUACUUCCCCAUCCCCUCCUCUGAUCAGUUCCUUUGACUUUCAGUGGGUAUGCAUGAUGGUUUCAUGAAAAAAACAAAAAGAUGCAACUGAAACCUUCAUAAGAUUCCAGUACCCCAUUGUUACAGCAGCUUUUAGCGGUUCACCGCUAUCUUGUAGGGAAUUAUUAAUCCACUAAAAUCUAUAGGCCUCCAUGUAAGUUACCAGAAUAAAGGCGAUAGUAGAUGUAUAAAUGGAUGAUAACAUUUUACCCAUGCAGUAUGUAUUACAAUUUUAUAGCUUAGUCAUUUUUUGGCUAUCGAAUUUUGUGAGUAAGAUAAAAAAAACGGUUUGACUGCUAAUGUUUAUUUUGUUGUUUGAUUCCUUUCCCUCCCCUUCCUAUGUACAAAUGCUGUACAAAUCUGAGUCCAUUGAGUGUAACUACAACAGAUGUGUAUUAAUGUACCACAGAUGCCAAUAGUGGCUUGCUAAAGUGUGGUGAGCUCAUACUAAAACAAUAAAACUUGUGGCUAAAGUCAGG